AUGAAGCAUUUCACCAUUGUCUUGUGCGGUUUUAUGUUUCUGGCUGGUUCCUUUCAACGUUUUGUAUCCGGCCAGCGUCCGACCACCGAAAGAAUUGCACCGGACAAAGGUAAUUGGGGGCGUGAACGAGAAUGGCGAUAUUGCUCAGCUAAUAAAUGGGCUAUCGGAUUUCGUCUAAAAGUGGAAGCAGAUGCGGCACGAGCGGAUGAUACAGCUAUGAAUGCAAUGGAAUUAGUUUGUGCAGACACAAAGAAAGAAGGCAGCGAAUUUAUAAAAGCAAUUGAAGGACAUUGGGGCAAUUGGGGUAGCUAUAAAUACUGUCCGCAAAUCGGUGAUUUUUUAUCGUCAGUAAGAUUCAAAAUUGAACGGCCUCAAGGAGCUGGUAUUGGCGCUCAAGAUGAUACAGCUGCUAAUGAUGUUGAGUUUAUUUGUUCCAACUCCUAUUCUACCAUCAAAUCAACGAACGGUGAAAAAUGGGGUGAUUGGAAGACAUUUGUGUCCUGUCCGAAUGGAUCAGCUAUCUGUGGAUUUUCAUUGAUUUGGGAAGAUAACCAAGCAGGACUCGAUGAUACAGCUGCAAAUGGCGCAUUAUUUGAUUGUUGCAAAUUAGAUCAACCCUGUAUUAAUGGUUUACCAUGUAAGAAUGGUGGUGCUUGUAGCAACAGCACAUGUACCUGCAAGUUUCCUUAUGGUGUGAGUCCUGAGGUGAAAUAUUAUAAUAUUGAAAUUGAAUUGGAUUAUUAUUCGAUCAUCGGUGAAUCAACAGGUUUAUGUGUGCGUCCAAUGGAUGGGUGUAAAUUUGAAAUCCAAAGUCGUCGUCGAAAACGAGAAGUCAAUUUUCUCCGUAAAGCCCAUCCAACGAAUCAAGAACAAAAGGUAAGCCAAAUGGCUGAACAAGUAUGUCAAGUUUAUGUCGAUGAAAUGUCAAAAGUAAUUGGAAAAUUGAAUAUUUCGAUCGAUGUAUUGACUGUUCAUUAUAUUAUUGAAGACGUCAUAACAGCCUGCGUUUUUGAUUUACAAACAACUGGAGAUAAAGAGCUCGCAGCAAGCAUUAUUUAUGUUCUGCUAUCGGAAGGUAUGAUGUUCUUACCACCAAUGAGUGAUACGGCAUAUACAGCCUAUUGGCACCAAGGAUCACAACUAAUGAACGAAGUACUUAUUGAAGUUCAAAAACAGAUUGGAUCACUUUCUUGA